UUCAAUACUUUGAUCAAUGGGUGAAGAAGCCAAAAAACUGCAGGCAGAGGAGAAGAAAGAAGCAGCAUCGGGUUUUGUGUUGUUUGUGGAUUUGCAUUGUGUAGGAUGUGCAAACAAGAUUCUCAGCUCCAUCUCUAAGAUCACAGGGGUGGAGAGAGUGUUGAUGGACAUGGGGAAGAAUGAGGUGAGCAUAAAGGGAGUCGUGGAACCGGAAUCUGUGUGCAGUAGAAUUAUGAAGAAAACUAGGAGAAGAGCCCAACUCUUAUCUCCAUCGCCACAACCUCAAGGUGAACCCAUGCCUGAAUUUGUGGCCUCACAGGGUAGCACGGUGGAACUUACCGUCAACAUGCAUUGCGAGGGCUGUGCCGGGCAGCUCAAGAGAAAGAUACUUAAAAUGGCAGGAGUUAAAACCGUAGAGACAGAAUUGAGCUCCGGCAAAGUCACGGUGACGGGCACCAUGGACGCCGACCGGCAAGCCAGGAUCGUGCCCCAGCCCGAGCCCGAGCCCGAACCCGAAAAACCACCUGAGGAGAAAGAAGAAGAAAAACCAGGUGCUGCUGCUGAAGAAGCAAACCCCGAGGAAGACGAGAAAACAGACCCGCCACCGGAAGAGGAAAAGAAGGUAGACGGCACCGUAGCCACGGCGGAGGAAGGCGGUGAAAGGAAAGAGGAGGUGAGGAGUGUGGAGGAGCAAGCCAUGCAUAAAGUACUCAUGUACUACUAUCCGCCACUUUAUGUGAUGGAAAGAAUUGCAGCUCCCCAGAUUUUCUCCGAUGAAAACCCUAAUGCUUGCUGCAUUGUGUGAUGUUCAGGAAAAGAGCGAAUUCUGUGUGUGUGUUUAAUUUUUUCUUUAUGCUAUAUACGAUUUUUAAUGAUUAAUUAUAAUAUAUAUAUCUUUUUUAGAAAUAAGAUAUUGGCGAAGGAUAUUGU